AUGACGAACUUUGAAAUCCAGCACUGCACCGAGGAAGACAUCCCCCGCGUCUUUGAACUCGUUUCGCUGUCAUUCGGCCACGAUCAUGAGUACAUGGACGCAAUCUUCCCGCACCACGACACACCAGCUGGACGCAAAGCAGGAAGUGAGCGCUUGCUGAAAUCGUUCCAUGAGGAUCAACACGGUGUCUUCCUCAAACUAGUCGAGACCAAAAGCGAGAAAAUAGUCGCUGCGGCGAAAUGGAAUAUCUACAACGGCGGUCCGGUGCCUCAACAGCCUGAGCUCGAUGGUGAUUAUUGGCAGACUGAAGAUGACAAAGAAUUCGCAAAAGGGAUGUUCAAAGAAUUCUUCACUGCGAGACAGCGCUUAAUCGAAGAGACUGAAGCUCAUCUGGCUGAAUGGGAGCUGGGCGAGCAUUGGUGA